GAUUUUGCCGCGCAACGCAACGCAACGCAACGCAACGCUACACCCAAGUGAACGCAGGGAUGGUGUUCGGACAAAGCUGCUAAAAUAAACGGGAGCUCGAGCUCGUACAGUCGACUACGAGAAGAAAUUUUAGGCGUUUGUGCUUAUUUACAUCGGGUUGUCACAAUGGGUUUUGAUGAAUUUACAGUGGUUAUUGAGCCACACCAACCCGUGUAUUUCAGUGAACAAGUUGUGCAAGGUUAUGUUAAAAUUACUGCAGAAGAACCAGUGUCUUGUAGAGCUAUAUAUUUGACAGCCAAAGGUACAGGCAAAGUGUCAUGGUCUGAAAAACGUGGAAAGUCAAGGGUUACAUAUUCUGCAUAUGAAGAGUAUUUCCGUGAAAGCCAUACCAUUUGGUCUGGUGCUGACAUGGAUGAGGAGUUCCCUGUUGGCGAACACAAAUUCCCCUUCGCCUUCCAGAUCCCUAAGGACAUCCCAUCCUCCUUUGAGACCUAUAUCGGCAGAGUGAGGUAUCAGGUCAAGGCUGUGGCUGACAGACCAUGGCACUUUGAUGACUCAUCCAAAGCAAUCUUUUCAGUCAACCACCUCCUUGAUCUGAGUUCUGACAGUAUUGCUAGGUUACCAAUAAACAGUGAACGAGAAAAAUCCAUUCGUUGCUGCUGCUGCUGGUGGGGACCCAUCUCACUGACACUGGGGGUAGAGAGGAGAGGCUACGUUGCAGGGGAGAACAUUCUUAUCAAUGGGGAGAUUGUGAACAAUAGUGGGUCCACCAUCAAGUACACUGAGGCCAAAAUUGUGCAGAAUAUCAGGUACAUCACCAGUUCCAAAACAAAGACAACCAGCCUCACGGUGCAGCGCGUCUAUCGCCCACAGAUUGAGACAGGGAGUACUGAUGAGUGGUCAGGCGUCUCUCUCCCUGUGCCGGCAGUCACAGCUAGCCAUCUCAUGCACUGUAACAUCAUUGAAGUGGAUUAUGAUUUGAUCUUUGAAGCUAAACUUGGGACAUGCAGAACAGCAAAGAUUGCAGAGAAUAUCAUCAUAGGGUCUGUCCCACUGCCAGGCACCAUUGUCGCUCCUGACACAUCUGUUGAGUCUGGCGGAACAGUCCUAGCUAGCACCAUGAGCCAAGAAAACUCCCCACGUUUUGUGCGAUCUCGUCAGCCAGCUCAAGGAGAGCAUGGUGAUAAUCCUCCUUCAUACAGUAGGAUCGUGAUGCCGGAGCAGUAUGCAAAUAUCCCCCCACCAUCCUAUGAGUCUUGCGUGUCUAGUGGUGGACAGUGGAGUACGUUUGAUGAUGACAGCGACAAUGAAGAGGUUGGCUUUGCCCCACAUUACAUCACAUACAGAAGAAACUGAACAAAUUUUCAUACUUUGGGCAAAUGUGAACAUCACUGGUUGCUAACUUGUAUAAAUGUUGAUCUGUUAAGUCUUUUAUACAGAGAUUUUAGAUUAUUUUUACAGAUGAUUUGUUACUUUAAUGCUAGAUACUUGAAAGUUGAAUGGUUGUUAAAUUUAUAAGACUGUAUAUUACAUUUUAAUCAUUCCCUGAAGAAGUGAGUGAUUUUGCAGUUGGAUUUUUUAAUUCUUAAUUACUCUCAUUCAGCAAGGGAACAAUGCUUGCAAGUAUGUGUGUGAAACACUCUACUGAAAAAUGUGACUUAAUAUUUUGAUUAAUGAUGAAUAGCCAUCUAUUGAUUGGUUAAGUUUGUUUCAUUGAUAGCAGAUCAGAGAAGAAGACCGUAAGUUCAUAUAGAUAUAAUUAUAAAAAUAUAUAGUUUUUAUUAUUGUUAUUUACUGCAUAUUUGAUAGGGAUAAGCUUUAGAUGUAUCUGAUUUCAUUAACUGCAAA